UUUGUUGCAGUCCCCUGCCUCAGUCUCCAGAACAUGGGACUGUAGACCUCCACCACCAUAUGCAUAUAUUGUGACUUUACUUUUUACUCUGUUGUUUAGAAUUUUAGAAUGUGUAGUGUUAAUAUAGUGGUGUCUAACUGAAAUUAUUUUAACUUUUGAUCAUUGUAUUUCCUGUGAACAUCUAUAAUAAUAUGUUAAUAACAGGGAAAGCUGCUUGCAUUGACAAAUUAUGUAUCACACCCGAUGAACUGAUUGCUCGCCUGGGAGAAUUUGGACAGUUCUGUCCUGUCAGCCUAGCAGAAUCUUAUGAAUUAAAUGAUUGUUCUAUAACUAACAGCAUGGAAUUUGCAGCAGAGUUCAGGGGACACUAUUAUAAAAUGAGUUCCAAGGAAAAUCUAAAUAAAUUCCUGAUGAACCCGGAACUGUAUGUACCUCCCUUGGCACCUCAUCCGCUCCCGCCUGCCGCCAUGCUCCCCAAAAGGCUGACCCUGUCAGAGCUGAAGAGUCGAUUUCCUAAGUGUGCUGAGCUCCAAGGCUACUGCCCAGUGACUUACCUGGACGGAAAACAAAGAUAUGAAGCCCUGGUGCCUGGUAACAUUCAAUACGCUGCAGAGUAUCGUGAUCGAAUAUUUAUUUGUGAGACUGAAGAAAAACUCCAGAAAUUUUUGAGGUGA